GUUGGUUGGAUGCUGUUAUUUGUUGAAAUCUCACCAGCAAACAAACGUAACCGAGAAAUCAUCAUUCGAGAAAGCUCAGUCGGACGCGAAACGAAUUAUAGUGGCGUAAUGCUUAUUAACGUGGUGCCGUUGAUUUGUGUGUUUGCCACGAUUGUGGCCGGUGUGGUUGGACCAGAUUUUAGCUUCGGUGAUGCAGAAUUUUCGAUUGAUUACUAUCGGGCCGCAUACAACGCAUCCAGCAAUUGUUUAGUUUCACCCCUGUCGGUGAGAUUAGCUAUGGUACCUUUCUAUCGAGUGGCAGGAUCGUCAGCUGAUCGGACAAUUCAACGGGUGUUUUAUUUGCCAUUAGAUAAGUCGGUGGCCAGCGAUAAUGCGGCGGAAAUUUUUAACGGAAUCAAUGGUAACAAGCAACUGCAGAUAGCGUUCAAAGUAUUGCGGCAACAAAACACUCUGUCGGACGAAUUCACGAUCGCUUUGGAUAAAACGUUAAAAAUGAUUCCGGAUGUAGUGAGUUUUUCCGAAAAAUCAACAGUCACUAAUUUCAUCAACGAAUGGGCUGAGCGUGUUUCGAACAAACAAAUUAGAAACAUCGCUGGUAUUGAUAAUUUGGAUCCCAGCGUCGAACUGAUGUUGUUCAACGCAGUGUCACUGAAAGCAUCGUGGGCAGAGAAGUUCCCCAUUGGCAAUACAAAACGCCAGCCAUUCGCUUUUUUGAACGGCAUUCGUGAAGUUGAUAUGAUGCACACAUCUUUGGAGGUUUUAUAUAAACAUGAAGAUACCUAUCAUGCUAUCCAGAUUCCUUACGGCGAAGAAAGUGAUCUAUCUAUGUGGAUCCUUGUCCCGCGAGGAGUUGGAAGUUUCGAUAGUUUGAUGACGACACUCUCAGCGGAGCUGAUAAACGACAUUGAAAUAACCGCGAUGCCCAAAGUUGCAGAGGUAUCUCUGCCUCGGUUCGAAAUUCGUAGCGAUCACGAUGCGAAAAAAAUAAUUCAAUCGAUGGGAUACACACAGCUUUUCAGCGAUAAGGCUUUCAAUGUGUUCAAGGGACAGAAAUCAACGUUGUGCGGUUUGAGACAAAGUUCUUUCUUGCUGGUGGAUGAAGAUGCAUCGGAAGACAGCACAUCCGCUUUUGCUCCCGCUAAACAGCGAUCCAAAAACACCCAAUUCAACGUUAAUCAACCGUUUAUUUUCAUCAUCAAGAAGAUCUCGUCUGACACGAUUGUGUUUAUUGGCCAUUAUUCACAUCAUGAGUGAAUGAGUGGAAAUUUACGUCCGUAUUUAGAAAUAAGUAUUUAUUAACAGAAGAAUGUUGACCCCUUUGAU